UGGCUCCUCCCGCACCGUCCGCCUUGCCAGUCCCAGCUCCCCAUCUUCCCGGCCGGGAGGGAGGCGGGGCCGGCCGCGUCUCCAUGGCGACGCAGGACGCAGCGGUGGAGGCGGUUGCUACCCACCUGCUAGAGGCGUUGCGGCUGGGAUCCAGGCUGGGGCGAGACCAUGUCGGACCUGGGCUCGGAGGAGUUGGAGGAGGAGGGAGAGAAUGAUAUUGGGGAAUAUGAGGGGGCUCGGAAUGAGGCAGGCGAAAGGCACGGACGCGGGAAGGCGCGGCUACCUAAUGGGGACACCUAUGAAGGGAGCUACGAAUUCGGUAAAAGACAUGGCCAGGGGACCUACAAAUUUAAAAAUGGUGCUCGAUAUAUCGGAGAAUAUUUUAGAAAUAAAAAGCACGGUCAAGGCACUUUUAUAUAUCCAGAUGGAUCCAGAUAUGAAGGAGAGUGGGCAAACGACCAGAGGCACGGCCACGGUGUAUACUACUACGUCAAUAAUGACACCUACACCGGAGAGUGGUUUACUCACCAAAGGCACGGGCAAGGCACCUAUGUAUACGCGGAGACGGGCAGUAAGUAUGUUGGCACCUGGGUGAACGGACAGCAGGAGGGCGCGGCCGAGCUCAUUCACCUGAACCACAGGUACCAGGGCAAGUUCUUGAACAAAAAUCCUGUUGGCCCUGGAAAGUAUAUAUUUGAUGUUGGGUGUGAACAACAUGGUGAAUAUCGUUUAACAGAUAUGGAAAGAGGAGAAGAGGAAGAGGAGGAAGAAUUAGUAACUGUUGUUCCAAAAUGGAAAGCUACCAAAAUCACGGAAUUGGCCUUGUGGACACCAGCCCUUCCCAAGGAGCCGACCUCUACGGACGGACCUGGCCAAGAGGGUCCAGGAGCUGAGAGUGCAGGAGAACUUGGGGAGGAGGCCCAGGCUCUGCUGGAGGGCUUUGAGGGUGAGACGGACAUGAGACCUGGAGAUGAAGAUGCAGACGUCCUCCGGGAGGAGAGCCGGGAGUAUGACCAGGAGGAGUUCCGCUAUCACGUGGACGAGGGAAACAUUAAUUCUGAAGAAGAAGAAACUAGACAGUCAGACCUCCAGGACUAAGAUGAAGUGAGCCGAGAGGAGACUGUGUCAUAAGAAUGCUUCUGUUAUUAGCCGGGCGCGGUGCUGUGUACAUGUAGUCCCAGCAUUUCGGGAGGCUGAGGCAGGAGGAUCGCUUGAGUCUGGAAAGUUGCAGUUGCCGUGAGCCGAGACCCUCGCCACUGCACUCCAGCCCGGGUGACAGAGCGAGACCCUGUCUCGAAAAAUGAACAAAAACAAAAUCCUUCUGUCAGUUAACAAUCUUUAUUAGAGGAUUUUUAGUCUCUCUUUCUCAGCUGUGUGUUAAGUUGGUUUACAAUAGCAAAUAAACCUCUUUAUUAUCCUUUCUUU